AAGAUGUUCGCAAGGAUGUCGUUUUAUCCAACACUAUUUUAUAAUGUAUUAAUGGAAAAAAUAUCGUCAAGAAGCUGGUACGAUAGAAUUGACGAAACAGUCAUAUUAGGCGCUUUACCAUUUCGAGGAAUGACCAAACAGUUAAUAUCUGAAGAAAACAUCAAGGGUGUUAUUUCGAUGAAUGAGAAUUACGAAUUACGAUUACUUUCUAAUACUGAAAAGGAAUGGCAGAGAUAUAACGUGAAAUUUUUACAAUUAUCAACAACAGAUAUUUUUCAAUCACCUUCGCAAGAAAAGUUACUGUGUGGUGUAAACUUUAUUACUAAGUUUCGUGAUGUGUCAACUGAGUUAAAUAAAUCUGACAACAAUGUUCAUGCUGGAAGUGUAUAUGUCCAUUGUAAAGCAGGAAGAACACGAAGUGCAACAUUAGUAGGCUGUUACUUGAUGAUGAAAAAUCAAUGGACUCCUGAGGAAGCAGUAGAUUACAUGAAGAAGAAAAGGUCUCACAUACUACUGCAUACACCACAAUGGAAUGCCCUUAGACUAUUUUAUAAAAAUAACAUAGAGAAUAAAAAGUAG